AUGGAGGAAGAAAAAGACUCUCCGCAAUGGAGAAUUGUAAGAUUCUUUGAUAAGCCAAAUGAUAAGAAAUAUGUAGAAGUGGUACCCCUUUCGUGGGUUAUUGAUGAGAAAGAAUGCGUUUGGCCACCAUUUCAAUCGAAAAAACAAAUAGAAAGUGCCAUCAAACAUUGUAUUACUCCAGAAAAGGAUCAAUGGAAAAUAUAUACAGAUUUCAAAGCUUCCAAGAAGUUCUACAGCAAGUUUUCUACGGCAUCAGCAAAAGCUAACCAGUAUCUUCAUUGUUCAGAUAUGGAGCAAAGCAGUGAACAAGAGAUUGGUUCACAAAAAAGACACAUUAAAAAGAAUUUAAAGUACAAUAAACACGAAUACACAUCCGAAAUCAGUACUUCAUCCGACGAUGAAGGAGACGAACCACUAGCCAAAUUAAUUCCCAAAUUUCCUGAGCCAAGUAAAAAUUUGCUUAAAAGUUCUGAUAACAAGGUCAAACCUCAGCCAAAUGCAGUCAAGAAGAUUGAUAAUUCCAAGCUUAAUUUCAAAAGUUUUAAGCAGGACCAGACAGAAAACUUAUCACAUACAAUAUUAUCAAAAUCGGCAAGGCUCGUUCAAGAAAAAACUAAUACAGGUGAUGAUAAGGAAGAAAAUGAAUCUGAGUCUGACUGCAGAUCUUCUAAUAAUAGUAACGAUAUUGAAGAGGAGUCGAAUCUCAGCGAUGAUAGAGGUGCACAAGCCAAUAAGAACAAGCCAACACAACAAGGUUAAUAAACAACUAAAGUCUGUUUUUGUUUUUAAGAUAAUUCCGCAAGUCAAAAAUUUAGUAACUAUGUUGGCAACACAAGCCUUUUCUACAUAAAAAAUUUGAAAGCACUGACAAUUUUAUGUUGUAUUGCCAACAUAAUGUCAUUUUGACUUUUAACUUAAAAAAAAAAAACUUAUAGCCAAUUUUAAACGAUUGACCAGUCGGUCAUCUUGACAUGACGUCAGCUAAGACCAAUGGCUGUGACCAAUUGGUUGAAAAAAU